AUGCGCGCCCUUUUCUGGAACAUUCGCGGAUUCGGCCAUGACGGCCGCCGCCAGCUAGUUGAGUACAUCCGGGACGAGCACAUCGACAUCAUCGCCAUCCAAGAAACCAUGCACACGGAUUUCUGUCUCCCCGAGCUUGACUGCCUUAGCUCCCACCUGUUCGCCUGGCAUUGGCUCCCUUCUAGUGGGAACAAUGGCCACUCGGGUGGCAUCCUCUUAGGUGUUAAGGAUGCCACCUUUGAGGUGGGAGGUAUGGAUCGGGGUGAGUUCUUCGUUAGUAUGGAGAUCUUCGAGCGCGCGCUCAACUUCAAAUGGGAGGUCAUCAUCGUCUACGGACCGGCGGAUCACAGCCGCUCCCCGACCUUCCUCGCCGAGCUGCAGCAGAAGAUCUCCGCUUCCCCCCUACCUGUUGUGGUGGGUGGUGACUUUAACAUCAUCCGCUCCCCGGAUGAGAAGAACAAUGACCGGGUUAAUCGCCCCCGGAUGUAG